ACUGUUGUAAGUCAAGGACUACAUGUAUUUUCAGUGUGAAAAUGCAGAUGGAUACAGCUCUAAUACUGAAAUAACAUGAAUAACUCAAAAAAAACCACCCACCAUGAAGCAUCAAUAGAAAUUAUUUUAAAGAGAAAAUUUGAAAGCUGUUUCUCCUGAUUAUUUUUUCUAAUAUAUAUUACUUAGAAAAUAAAUGAAAUAUUCUUGGUAAAAAUAUUGAGAACUGCAGUGACCUAUGAGAUAAUGUUUGGAUGAACUUAGAAUUCAUUAUUUUUUUUCUCUGUACUUGACUAUUGAAUAGUUAUAAUAUUGCUGAACUAAUAUUUAGCAUUUUAGCCAUCUUUGAAGACAACAGUUGGGAAAACUGAAAAUAUGAAAUUAAAGACUUUGAAAAUUCCUGAAUUAGUAGAAUUAGUAGUUUAUUCAUAAUCCAGUUCUAUUGAUUUCAGGUUUAGUUGUAAGUAUUUAUCUUGGACUGUGAUUGUCAACUUAUAAAAUAUUAUGGUCUUUUUAAAGUUCCCAGUGAUUUUCUCCAUUGAUAAAAAUACUUGUAUCAAUAUUUUCUUUACCUGUUUUCCAAAACUUUAUAGAGUUCGUCUUCUAGGAGCUUUAGAACAUCAGGAAGUUAGAAAUGUCUUGGUUCAAGGUCAUAUUUUUCUUAACACCUCUCUCACAGAAGCAUUUUGUAUGGCAAUUGUGGAAGCUGCCAGUUGUGGUUUACAGGUGGUCAGUACAAGAGUUGGUGGGAUUCCUGAAGUACUUCCAGAUGAUUUUAUAAUUUUGUGUGAACCUUCAGUAAAAUCCCUCUGUAGUGGAUUGGAAAAGGCUAUUAGCCAACUGAAGUCAGGAUCAUUAUUGUCUCCAGAAAUUAUGCAUGACAAAGUUAGAACAUUCUACACUUGGAGAAAUGUUGCAAAAAGAACUGAAAAAGUAUACAACAGAGUGGCAAAUGAAUCUGUAUUGCCAAUGGGCAAACGACUUGAGAGACUUAUCACUCAUUGUGGUCCAGUGACUGGUUACAUUUUUGCUCUUUUGGCCAUGCUCAGCUUUCUUUUUCUGAUAUUUCUGAAAUGGCUGAUACCAGAUGAUUUUAUUGAUACUGCAAUAGAUGCCACAGGUCUAAACGGAGCAUGGACUAGGAGAUAUUUCCACAAUAAAAAGAAAAAAGAAAACAUUACAAACUCCUAAAGGUGCUAAAAGUGAAAAAAAAAAGUUUAAUUCCCUUACUUGUCUUUUACUAUUAUGGGUUUUGCUGUUAAAUUUACACUUAUCAAGUGCUUAUAUGUCAUUGGACAGCUUUCAUAAUGAAUGGAAAGAAACAAACAAAGUUCUACCUCAGCAUAAAUCUAAAUUGGUUUAGGAAAGACAUUUUCCCAAGAUAUGCUGCGAAAUCUGUUUACAUUUAUUUCAGCUUGAAAUAUCUUACAAAUACAUGGAAUAUCAUGUCCAUUAAUGAAAGAGAUCAUCUAAAAAAAUAAGGGGAAAAAUAGGUGAGUAGGUAGAGAUUUUGUCUGUUUAGAGUUUUUUCUGUUUUUAAUUUCUCUUGCACCAUCAUUAUAUAAUUAAAAAUUAUAUGAAAAAGUAGCAGUAUAUGUUCUGAUCCAGUAUAAUACAAAAAAACCCCUGACUUUAAAUAUAGUUCCCAAGUCUACUUGUUGAGAUGUGUGAUCAAUUUGGUAUAUUGAUAUGAUCAACUAAAAUUGAGACAUGCACAACUUGUGAAGUUGGGAGAAUAUUCUCUUUGUUUAAGCAUCUACAGGUAAUCAUCGAAUUACAACAUCGAAUUAAGAGACUGUUCAAAGUUACAACAACCCCCCCCCAAGUACUUACGAUACAGUCCCAAAGUUAUGAAUGUUGUAGCACCUUUAUGAACGACUGCAGAGGCACUAUAACAUUCACCUUGCCUAUAGCCUACUCACUCUUGAUCAGGUCUCCAUAGGUACCGGGCCUGUAGAUACUCACCUUGUGAAGAUAUAUUGAGGCUUCGGUUUCUUGCCCUGCUUCAGGCCUUCAGUGCAUUUGCAGCGAAUGGAGGCCUAAAGUACCAUAAGAUCACGCAAGAUCAGUAGUGCAAGAUCUCACUGUACUGAUCUUGUGUGAUCUCAUGGUACUUUAGGCCUCUGUUCUCUGCAAAUGGAGGCCUACAUGGUAUCUGCAACAAAAGACUUUGCAAAUGGAGGGAAGUCCUGAACCAAUGAAGUCUUCCCUCUUUCCAAAGCCUUUUGUCAUCUUUGCAAAAAACCUUUGCUGCCAAAAACAGCCUGGGAGGGGCACGCAUGUCCCUGCGGGCUUCCAUUUAUGGCAGCAAAGUCCUUUCCUCAGGGUCUUUGCCUCUGAGAAUGGACCCUCGCCCAGCCUCUGUUCUCAGUAGCAAAGGCUUUUCGCAAAAAUGACUGGUGCCUACAGGGAUGUAAUCUCUCAUCCCUGCAGGCCUCGGCAAACCUUUGCUCAAGGCAAAACCCUGGCAGAGAGGCUGGAAAGGAGAUAGCUGUCUUGACCAUCGAGAUCUAUGUAAGGUAAGUGACCAGGUUGGGGCAGGAAGCAUGAGAUAUCUCAGUGGGUCAGGGGAGACUUUGUUUUGUCCGAAGCACUAGCCCCCCCCCCCCGGCCUUCCCCACCCAAGACACCUUGUUCCCCACUCUGAGAUACUUCCAAAUGCAUGGGCGAAAGCAGGAGAGAUUCAAGUUAUGUGAUACAUUCCUAUGAAUCCUCAGAUUAUGAAUGUCAUUGGCAGGCUCCAUUACAUUUGUAACUCGAUUACCUGUAUCAUUCAUUUUGAUUACCUGUAUCAUUCAUUUUGUAUAAUUGACAUAUCCUGAAUUUUUCUCUGCCAAUAUUUUUGAAGCUUUCAGAAGAAGGUUCCAAGUUUUUCCAAGGCCCAAGAGUAGGUAUUUUGAAUCUACUUUUAUAACACAGUUGAGACACAAUGAAAAAACACUCUUUUUACAUUAAUAAGGCCCAGCAUCAUGUUCAUUUUUCUUCUUUUAUUUUUAAAUAGAAAUGUAUAGGUCAGUAUUAAAACUCAUUCCAAAAAAUAUUUCCAUGACAAGAUUGCCAUAUUUAGAGUAAAAACAGGUGCUUCAGUCCUUUCCUAUAUGUGACCCUUGUCUGAAUAAUUUUGUUUAUGCUAUUUUAUUU